AUCUGAAUUAAGUUCGAGGAUUUAUUCAGUUGUUGCAAGUUUGGGAUGUGAAUAAAGGUUUAUUUAUAUAUAUAUUUUUUUGCAAAGUUCGAAGUUUUUUUAGCGGUUUUAUUCUGAAAAAAAAUAAUUGCACAAACGUACGGUACGGAUUUGAAUCGGUCCUAGUAGAAGAAUGGGCUCAUUUUGCUUAAUGGGCCGAAUUAGGCAGCCUUCGUUCGAUCCAGGUAGGGUCGAGGGACACGUGGCAGAAUAUAAAACGAAAGACAGAAUGUUUGUUCUGUUUUUUUUUUUUUAACCCAUUUUGAUUUUCUUAAACCCUAGCGUGGAUAUCUUGAAUUUCUUCUUUUCCAUCCGUUCGAUCUCUGUGAUUUUUUUCGGAGAUGAGCUCGGACGACGAGAGGGAGGAGAAGGAGUUGGAUCUCACUUCUUCUGAGGUUGUCACCAAGUACAAGAGCGCUGCCGAGAUUGUUAACAAGGCGUUGCAGCUUGCCGUGUCAGAAUGCAAACUGAAAGCCAAGAUUGUUGACAUCUGUGAGAAGGGAGAUGCGUUUAUCAGAGAGCAAACGGGAAACAUGUACAAGAAUGUUAAGAAGAAGAUCGAGCGAGGUGUCGCUUUUCCAACAUGCAUCUCUGUCAACAACACCGUAUGCCAUUUCUCUCCGCUUGCUAGCGAUGAGACGGUUCUGGAAGAAGGUGAUAUGGUGAAAAUUGAUAUGGGAUGUCACAUUGAUGGGUUCAUUGCUGUUGUUGCGCAUACCAUUGUUCUUCAGGAAGGUCCGGUAACCGGGCGUAAAGCUGAUGUUAUGGCCGCUGCAAACACUGCUGCUGAAGUUGCUCUAAGGCUUGUGAGGCCCGGGAAGAAGAACCAGGAUGUAAGUGAGGCUAUCCAGAAGGUAGCUGAAGCUUAUGACUGCAAAAUCGUAGAAGGUGUUCUUAGCCACCAGAUGAAGCAGUUCGUUAUAGAUGGAAACAAGGUUGUCCUCAGUGUAUCAAAUCCAGAUACAAGGGUUGAAGAUAUGGAAUUCGAAGAAAACGAAGUCUACUCGAUAGAUAUUGUUACAAGCACCGGCACCGGCGACGGAAAGCCGAAGCUAUUAGAUGAGAAGCAAACAACUGUCUAGAAGAGAUCUCCGGAGAGAAGUUAUCAUCUUAAGAUGAAAGCUUCGAGAUUCAUCUUCAGCGAAAUCAAUCAGAAUUACCCACAUUUUCCAUUCACAACGAGGGUUCUGGAGGAGAAAAGGGCGAGACUUGGACUUGUGGAAUGUGUCAAUCAUGAUCUAUUGGAGCCAUAUCCUGUUCUGCACGAGAAACCCGGGGACUUUGUUGCCCACAUUAAAUUCACGGUACUGUUGAUGCCAAACGGUUCGGAUAGGAUCACCUCUCGUCCACUUCAGGAGCUGCAACCGAUGAAGACGAUUGAUGAUCCCGAUAUCAAAGGUUGGUUAGCUUUGGGUAUCAAAACAAAGAAGAAAGGCGGUGGGAAGAAGAAGAAAGGCAAGAAGGACGGAGAAAAAGCCGGGGAGAUGACAGGAGAAGGAACUCAACAAUGAGAGCGAGGGUUUCUCUUCUGGUACCUCCAUUGUUAUACAGCCUUGUUUUUUUAUUUAGAAAAUAAUUGACGCAAAUUUGGUAAUAAUUUUUUUAUUUUAUAGCUAGGACUAAUAAGCGAAUAAACCCAAUUCAAUUAUACUGUUAUUGUUUAUUCGGUUAUAAUUUUUACUGAA